CUGCACCUGCUUUGAUCCAUUGGCUUUUCUCUUACCUCCUCUCUCUUCUCCCCGUUCUCUACUUCGCUUCCUGCCCCUUCCUCUCGCCUUUUCGCCCCCGUCGCGCGGCUCUUUCUCUGGCAAAACUUGUCGUGGGCGCAAUCCUAUGGACGAAGAGGAGAUCAAGCCAGUCCAUCGCGUUCGCUAUGCCGACGAUGAAGAAACUGGUCGAGUAGGCCGUGAUCGCUAUCGCAGUGACCGACGCCAUUCUCGCCAGUCAAGUGUAGGAAGCUUGUCAAUCCACAGUGCUGGAGGUGGUACAAGGAGUGUAGAUCCUGGAACUGCAUUACCCAUCACUUAUCGAACCUUGUCUAUUGAAGUCGACGAGGAUCUUCACAAGAAGCAGGAGGCCACCAAAAAGGCCAAGGAAAAGGCUGGUGUUGAUCUUGCUGGCCUAGAAUGGCAUACACUCUCUGUCGAUGAGCUCACCCGCCGACUGUCUGUAGCCCUACACCAAGGGCUUUCCAACGACCAGGUAGCCCGCCGCCUCAGCGAAUAUGGCAAGAACAAGAUGUCAAAACCACCGUCUGGUCUCUUUGGAAAGAUCACUGGUUACUUUUUCGGUGGAUUUGGUUCCAUCUUGAUCAUCGCUGCAGUGCUUGUCUUCAUUGCCUGGCGCCCACUAGGAAACCCUCCAGCACUGGCCAACCUUCUGCUCGCUGUUGUGCUGGUGGCAGUCUUUAUUCUUCAAGCUGCAUUCAAUGCAUGGCAAGAUUGGUCCAGCUCGAGAGUCAUGGCCAGUAUCGGAACUAUGUUACCAGACCAAUGUCUUGUAUGCCGCGACGGUUCGCAAGUAAACAUCUCGGCACUAGAGAUGGUUCCAGGUGAUAUUGUCAUCAUCAAGCAGGGCAAUAAGCUUCCCGCCGAUGUACGAUUCGUUGAGGUAUCCAGUGAUGCAAUGUUCGACCGCUCUAUCCUUACAGGUGAAUCCGAACCCAUCCUCGCAACGAUCGAUUCGACCGAAGAGAACUACCUCGAAACCCAGAAUAUCGGUAUGCAAGGAACACACUGUAUUUCGGGAAGCUGCAUCGGCGUAUGCGUGGCUACUGGCGACAACACCAUCUUUGGCCGGAUUGCUACACUCACGAAUGAGCCUAAGACAGGCAUGACUCCUCUGCAGAAAGAGAUCUUCCGAUUCGUGUUGAUUAUAUCUCUCUUCAUUGCCUGUGUUGUUGUCUUGAUCUGCAUUCUCUGGGGAGCUUGGCUGAGGAAGUCUCACCCAGGCUGGAUUGAUGUGCCUCUUCUUAUCGUCAGUUGCGUCUCGGCGGCCGUGGCUUUCAUUCCCGAAGGUCUACCUAUCGCAUUGACAACGAGCUUGACGAUUGUGGCAAACAUCAUGAGGAAGAACAAGAUUCUCUGCAAGUCACUCAAAACAGUGGAGACCCUCGGCGCAGUGUCAGUCAUUUGCUCGGACAAGACGGGGACUUUGACCAAGAACAGCAUGGUCGUAACCGACAUUUACGCAGCUGGAGAAGAAUACACACCUGAAGCAGCGCGCGACCUCGUGGCAGUCCUCAAAUCGGAUAACAACAUUACGGCCUUGGGCAAGAAGCGCGAAGAUGUCAUGGAAGAAGUUCGUCUACUCAGUGGUCUCUGUAACUCUGCCGAAUUCGAUGCAUCUACGAUGCAUAUGCCCAUCGCCAACCGCAAGAUCAACGGAGAUGCCACCGAUCAAGCCGUGCUCCGGCUGUCCGAAAACCUUGGAUCAGUUGCUCAACUGCGACAAGACUGGAAGAAGAUCUUCGAGAUUGCAUUCAACAGUAAGAACAAAUUUAUGGUUCGCGUCAUGGCUCCCGUUACUCAGGCGCCCGGCAACAACUCGGCAUUACUCAUGAUCAAGGGAGCUCCUGAUAUUCUUUUGCCACGAUGCAACCAGCUUGUUGGAGAUCAUGGCGAAGUUCUGGACCUGACCGAGCCCCAACGUUCGCGUAUCGAGCAGAUCAAGGAUGACUGGUCGCGUCAAGGAAAGAGAGUGAUUCUGAUUGCACGCAAAAAGACCGUCGCGCCUUUUUCUUCCAAUCCAGAAAAAGAGGUUCUUGUGGCUGCCCGAGAAAGCCUUACAUUCGUCGGUCUCCUGGGCAUCGUCGACCCCCCGCGUGAUGAGAUUCCCAAUGUGGUCAACAUUCUCCGAGGCGCUUCCAUCCGUAUCUUCAUGGUAACAGGAGACUUCAAACUGACAGCUCAAGCUAUCGCCGAGGAAUGCGGCAUCAUUUCGGACUCAUCGAUGGUCGACGAUAUCAGUGCUUUGUCUCGAGAUGUUAAGGUUGGAUCUGGCCGACGUGCAAUGGUCUUGAGUGGGCCGGAACUCAUCACUCUCAACGACAACCAGUGGGACCAACUCUGUGACUACGAAGAAAUCGUCUUCGCUAGAACCACACCAGAGCAAAAGCUCCGCAUCGUAAAAGAAUUCCAAGCUCGCGACAACAUCGUCGGAAUGACUGGCGAUGGUGUCAACGAUGCGCCAUCGCUCAAAGCUGCUGACAUCGGGAUCGCAAUGGGCAGCGGCUCAGACAUCGCCAUCGAAGCUGCCGACAUGGUUCUCCUCGACUCCUUCGCCGCCAUCGUCGCAGCAGUCCAAUACGGCCGUCUCGUCUAUGACAACCUGAAGAAGACAAUCGUAUACUUACUCCCCGCUGGAAGUUUCAGUGAGCUAUGGCCCGUAGUAACGAACGUCGCCUUCGGUAUCCCACAGAUCCUCUCAUCGUUCCUCAUGAUCAUUAUCUGCUGCUUCACCGACUGCGCCGGCGCAAUCACCCUCGCGUACGAGAAACCCGAGAACGAUGUCCUGACACGCCCACCCCGCAACCCCAAAAAGGACCGUCUAGUCAACACCAGACUGGUUUUCCACGCUUACUUCAUCGUCGGACUUCUCCAAUGCUUUCUUUCUUUCACCAUGGCGUUCUGGUAUAUUGAAAGACAAGGAAUUCCGUUUACGGCACUGUGGCUCAAGUUCGGCGCGCUCGAUGACAAGUACGAUAAGGAUCUUGUAGCGGCUGCGACUAACACGGCGUCGAGUAUCUAUUUUGUCAAUUUGGUCGUCAUGCAAAUCUUCAAUCUACUCGCUACAAGAACUAGACGGCUCAGCAUCUUCCAACAACCCCCCAUCUUCAACAAAGACACGCAGAACGUGUUGAUUUUCCCGGCCAUGGUGUUUGCCAUUGUUGUGGUGUUUAUUUUCUGCUACAUCCCCUCGCUCCAAACCGCCAUUGGCACCACGCAGAUUCCCGUUGAAUAUUGGUUCCUUCCCGUCGCUUUCGGUAUCGGCCUACUUACCCUUGAUGAGGCUCGAAAGUGGGCGAUACGCACCUGGCCAAAGGGCUUUUUCGCGAAGAUCGCUUGGUAG